AUGGCAUACUCGAAGGACGAGUUUGAGGCCGUGGUGGCAAGCCAUUUGAGCGGAUGGACCCCUGCGACUACCCCUUCCAACGCCGACAAGCUCAAGCUGUAUGCGCUCUUCAAGCAAGCUACAAAGGGAGACAACACGACGUCUCGUCCAGGGGUAUUCGACGUGGCUGGUCGUGCCAAGUGGGAUGCGUGGGCGGCCAAGAAGGGGUCGACCAAGCAAUCGGCGCAGGAUGCAUACGUUGCCGAGCUCACGCGACAAAAGACAGUGUACAAAAGCAAGCUGUAA